UGCAUGCACUCAGCGCCUCAUUCCCCUCUCCCUCCCUCCUUCCCUCCCUCCCUCCUUCCACAGGGCGCCUCGGACGGCGGCCUGGACAUUCCUCAGUCGGAGAAGCGCUUCCCGGGGUACGACCGUGACGGCAAGCGGUACGAUGCGGACAGCCACAAGGAGCGCAUUAUGGGCGAGCAUGUGGCUGACUAUAUCAACUACCUGGUGGAGGAGGACCACGAGGCGUACGAACGGCAGUUUGCCAACUAUAUCAAGCACGGUGUCUCCGGAGAUGAUUAUCAGGACUUGCUCGAGGAGGUGCAUACUGCUAUCCGCGAAGACCCGACCGCCGCGCCCAAGACGGAAUGGGAAGGAGAUCGCACGAAGUACAAGCGUCAGGGGAAGCUUUCUUACGAAGAGCGCAAGUCUCGCGUGGCUGAGAAGAAAUUGGCCAUGGCGGCAGCUGCUGGUGAUGCCGAUGAAAUGGAGGAGGAAGAGGAGGAAGAGUAA